AGGAAAUUGGCGCCGUGGUCCUCUUGUUGAUGUUAUUUAUCAAUUAGUAUCUUUACACGUCACGCAAUUGUACGCAGUGUAUUCUGUGUAAUUGUUCUGGAACUGUGAAGAAGUACUUGCCAGCCAUUGACAGCCGUUACCAAGGGCCUGAGUGAGUGCAUUUAGAUUGGGUUUGAUAACAGGGGAAUCUGUGUCACGGUCCUAAAGUCAAUCAAUCUUUUGUAGCUGUGAUACGGUGUUAGUUUCGAUGAUUGUGAAGUUCAAGCCCUUGAUAUCUUGUAAUCAGAUGCCAAGGCUUAGCACCUUUAGCACCUCAAAUUCGUCAAAAUAUCGGUAGUUACCUGUCUUGGCAGCUUUUAUCAACGUCAGCGAUAGGUUCUGUUGGCGAUAUCGAUGCCAGUUUCUAUCACCUCUCCAUUUCUUUUUUUUACUUACUCCUUACUUUUGUUCUGGCUUGUGGGCAUUGAAUCAUGGAAGGAUACCAAAGAGCCGCCUGCCUCGGACAUAUUCAGAAUCUAUCAGAAAAAUAAUUUCAUAUCAAAACAAAACCAAGCAAUUAUUGACUUUUCAGCCUCCUUUCCUAUUUUUAUCUAGGGACACAAAAGGAUCCUUGGAUACUUUUGCCUCAACCACGGCCAUGAUGACCCCUGAUUCUGUGGAUUUCUGGUGCUUCAGACCCAGCUGCCCCCGCCCCCGGGCCAAUGAGAUAGCUACAAACCAGGGCAAAUGGUGGUCCGCAUCCACCGAAUCAUUGCGUUUUUCAAUCUCUAAAUCACGACAUCAUGAUGUUGGAGUUCAGAAAGCUUCUUUUUUUUGGAAUUUUUUGAAUUUUUUGGUUUAUAUGGAUAUGGGCACGAUGAUGUGCAAACUGCAUUGCUGUGAUUAUUCCGCCUUCUGUAGGUUCAAACACGCCUUAUCCCUAGACUUCUUCAUAGGUCGAUAUUGCGUCUCUGCAUUAAUUAUUGCAUCUUCUCUCCUGAAAAUACCUCAAAAAUUAGUGAUGGGAACGCUGGCAUGAGGUCUAUCUUUAUCAAUCUAUCAGAUACCGCUCGUUUCUUUUCUCGCUCGUUGUUUUAUAGACCUACAUAUAUAAUUAUUUUUUAUCUCACUUGCUUUAUCACGUCGUUCGUUUCCCCAAAUAAUAUUCCAGCGUUACGCGUGGAUUACUUUAUAGACCUAAGAUGCCGCCUGGUGAAAAGACUUGGUUAACCUCUGGGUUAAGGCGUUCGUCAAGCAACGAGAGCCUCAAUGAAGGCUAUCAGACCGGUGAGGAGGGACAGCCAGACAUAGGUGAUUCUUAUCAAACGAGUUCCUCCCGCCGCCAGAUCGGACUCACAUCGGCCGUGUUUCUCAUCUUCAAUCGCAUGGUUGGCACCGGAAUCUUUGCCACGCCAAGUAGCAUCUUCGCGCUCUCAGGAAGUGUUGGAUUGAGCUUGUUCAUAUGGGUUGCUGGCAUGAUCAUCGCGGCCGCGGGCAUGGCGGUGUACAUUGAAUUUGGAACCGGGCUGCCUCGAAACGGUGGAGAAAAAAACUACCUGGAAUAUGUUUUUCGAAAGCCACGGUUCCUCACCUCGUGCUUGUAUACAGGCUACGUCGUUUUGCUAGGUUGGGCAGGAUCAAAUUCAGUCGUAUUUGGCGAGUACAUCUUACACGCAGCCCAGAUCGAGGUAAACCGAUGGAACCAGCGAGGCGUCGGACUUGCUUGCAUCACAGCCGCCUUUCUAAUCCACGGCCUUGCGAUGAAAUGGGGAUUGCGACUGCAGAACCUUCUGGGCAUAAUCAAGCUCCUUGUUAUCAUCGUAAUCGUUGUUGCCGGCUGGGCCGCCCUUGGGGGAGCGCUAAAAGUCGAAAAGCCCAACAAUUUUGAGAACGCUUUUGAGGGAACCACAGGAAGCGCAUAUGGAGUGGUCACCGCGCUGUACAAUGUCAUAUGGAGCUUCAUCGGGUACAGCAAUGCCAAUUAUGCGUUGAGCGAGACGAAAAAUCCAGUGAGGACGUUGAAGAUCGCUGCUCCUCUAGCGCUAGGGCUCGUGUCGAUUUUGUACAUCUUGGUUAAUGUUGCGUAUUUCGCUGCGGUCCCAAAGGAAGAAAUACUUUCCUCCGGCCGUGUGCUUGCGGCAUCUUUCUUUCGAAAUGUCUUCGGCCCUCAAGCCGAAAGAGCACUGUCCGUCUUCGUCGCGCUGUCGGCAUUCGGCAACGUGCUCAGCGUCAUUUUCUCGCAGGGCCGCUUGGUUCAAGAACUUGGCCGCGAGGGAAUCCUUCCCUUCUCUCGACUCUGGUCGAGCAAUAAACCUUUCAACGCGCCAUUUGCAGGCCUGUUCGAGCACUGGGUUGUUUCUGUCGUUAUCAUGUUAGCACCUCCGCCGGGCGAUGCCUACAACUUCAUUCUUAACGUAAUCUCCUACCCCCUCUCCAUAAUCAACACCUUCGUCGCGGCCGGCCUUAUCCACCUCUACCUCAACCGCGCCAAAUACAAUUGGAACCCGCCCGUCUCCGCAACGCUACCGGUGGUAAUCUUCUUCCUCCUCAGCAACAUGUAUCUCGUCAUCGCCCCCUUCGUGCCGCCAACGGGCGACCAGAACGUUUACGAUGAGCUCCCUUACUACCUCCACUGCCUCGUGGGAAUUGCGAUUGUGCUCGCCGGCGGCGUUUACUGGCUCAUCUGGGCACAGUUGAUGCCGCGGCUGGGCAGGUAUCGGUUGGAGAGGAAGGUUGUUCUGGGCGAGGACGGGUGGACGAGGAAUGUGUUUACGAAGAAGUAUCUUGCCUGAUCGGCGGGAAUGCUUUAUUGGGAGAUUUUUUUACCUCUACUACCUCGUUUCCGUUUUUCUUUUUACAUAUUGGCUGCGCUGCUGUAUGCGGCACGGUAUUGCAUUGCAUUGCAUGGCGUUUCAUUUUUCUUUCUUUCUUUCUUGUUUGCUUUGAGCGGGCGUUUCCCCUUCAUUAAUAUUCUAAUAACAUUUGAGAUACCAUUUAGCCGUAUAUGAAGGAUAUCUACAGUUAAUGAUUAAUCUGGAUAAGACGGGGGCGUCAUGUUUAUAGCUUUUAAAAGUUGAUAUACCCAGUUGGGCAACCACUGUUUCGUGUUUGACUGAUCGCUACUGGAAACCCUUAUAUCGCAAUGAACUCCACAACUUUCCCGGAGACGUCAUUGGACCCCCC